GGAGCAGCUGGAGGUGGAGGCAAAUGUUGAGCGAGCGCAACGGCAAACGCUCGCUCUUUGGAGCGCGCUCUCUCUUUGCUUUGUAUGAAUGUUUCCAUCCGUAUCUGUGUGUAUGUGUGUGUGCGUUGCUGCCACAUACUCUGAGGCCGCAAUGCGGCGCGCCACUUGGACAACGAACUCGAUAACAUUUUGAGGCAGUCUUCAGCUACACUUCGUAUUGAGCGUAUCGCGGCGGCGGUUACGAUGCGUUGCGCGUUGUAUCUUUAUUAUUAAUUAUUUGUUGUUGUUUAAUACUUAUUGUAUAUGAUUUCUUCGUAUGUGUGUGCGUGUGUGUGUGUAUAAUUGUAUCUCCGUGUAUGCGUUUUUUCAACUAUUACGCGCCCGCCUCUCGCUCUCCUCCGUGUCUAUCUGUGUGUGAGUGUGUGUGCCUGAGUGCGUUCGUUCGUCUCUCGAUUUGUGUGCUUGUGGUUCUGUGUGUGUAUGAGUGUGUGUGUGACCGUGUGUGUGCGUACGGUGCGUGUGCAGCGAUAGAAAAUUAUAAAUGCAACAACUGCAACAAAUUCAAAUAUUGCAAAAUGCCUGGCUAAUUUGCUGCUGGCAUCGGUGAAGUUGCUCGGUUUCAGGCUGCAGCCUCCCCCGCGACGCAAAAUAAAAUAAAAUACAAAUUGCAACAACAACAACAAGAAAUGUAAAGCAAAGUCAACAACAACAACAACAACAACAAAAUAUAUAUAAGCAGCCGCAGCAGCAGCAAAUAUCUAAAGUGUGCAUUCAAAUUCCAAAUCGUGCCUAAUCGUGCAGCAACUGCAACGUCUCGUGAUGCGACUGCAACAACAACAACAACAAAUACAGCUACAGCAACAAAAACGGAAGUGCAAGUGACGUAAUUUAUUGAAUGCGCCUAAAUGUCUUCCGGAAUUAAUUGUCGUGAAAUUUUCGUAUUUUUGGAAAUUUUGAUUUGGAAUCAAACAAAACAGAGAAAUCGACAAAACAAUGAGCAUAACAACAACAACAACAGCGGCAGCAACAACACCAACAGCAACAGCAACAACGGCGCCAGCGACAACAACAACAGCAGCAAACAACAACAACAGAAAAAUCACAGCAAACGCAGCAACGGCAACAACAACAACCACAAAGUCGCAGUGAAAGUGCUAAAUCAACCACAACAACAACAACUACAACAAGAGCCCAAAACUUCAAAAGGCAACAAUAUCAAAUUCGCCAGCCAUCAAAAUUUGCAUGUGCUGCAAAAGGGCUAAAAAAAAAAAAAUAU